AGAUUACAUCUGCUAUCGACGAAACAAGGGACGUUUAGUUUAAACAUGUGUCGCAUUAAGUGGUUUCUCGUAAUUUUGGUGUUUGUUUGUAUAGAAACUGUGAGGUGCUAUUCCCAGGAAGAAACGAUAAGUUUGUUAUUAAACAAAACCGCCGCGCUAGAAAUAGAAGUAAAGAAUAACAAAGAUGUAUCUGAAUCCGAAAACGCAAAACUAAAAAAUGAAAUAUUAACACUAAAACUGAAACAGACCAAGUUAGAAAACGAGAAUAAGGAGCUUCAUUUCACUUUAGGCGAACUGACGGGUGAUAGGACUGGACAUGACGACAAGUCAAAGAGGCUUCUUAUGUCCAUUUCACAGAGCUUCAAAAACGCCGCUUUCUCCGCCAGCCUUACAAAUCACGUGACCAACCUUGGGAAUUCCCAGACUAUAGUAUUUGACAAUGUCUUCACAAAUAAUGGCAACGUCUACUCGUCAAUGACCGGCGUCUUCACUGCACCACACAACGGCACUUACUACUUUUCGGCAACUGUCAUGAGUCAUUAUGGGCAGUAUUUAGAAAGCGAAAUUUGCCUUAACGGAAAUAGUCUCGUAUUUAUGUAUUCAUAUGAUAGCGUCUAUGUGCAAGGUACAAACUCAAUAGUUCUAGUCCUGAAGGAAGGGGACAUGGUCUGGGUAAGACAUCAUGGCAAUGAAGGUAGCAAUGUGUACGGCGAACACUGGAGUUCAUUCUCCGGCUUUCAAAUUUCUUAAUACAAUUGUAUUUUUGGUAAAGUGAAUUAAAUACAGUCAUAUUCACGAUGGAAUUUAAACUUUUUUUAUGACAUGAUUAUAUUAUUCCGCUUCACCUGUUUUGAGAAAGUUGCUUAAAAUAUGUAUUCUAACCAUAUUAUGCCUCAGACUCAAGUAGACUAGUAAAUUAUGAAAUAUCUAA